CUUCAGGAAGGAGUUUGUUCGGGACUUUCGCUUUCGUGUGUUUUUGUUCCUAAGUAAAGUGCGAGUCACUGAGUGGUGGUUUCGAAGGGCUGACGGAACUCGAUACGGCUUGGUUUAAUUUAAGAAACCCAAGUCAACGGUAGAGUGUAGGUUGGAAGUAUACACCGAACGGGAUGGGUCCAGGUUAAAAAGCAAGCGCAGACCCCGGCGAAGGGUGACUCCCUUCUCGAGAGGGAAAUGUGAGACAGGCCCUGCAGCUCGUUUUGACCUGAGGAGACAACUGGCAACUUGCAGACCAACAGUCAAGACGAACCGACCGUGGCGCGAUUUAAACAUUACCGUUUAUUCCUCUUGGAAGAGUUUUGGUGUUCCAAGUCGCCAAAAUAGCUGGGCCCAAUAGAAAGCGGCGAACCCUUGAGCCCAACUCCAUCAGUGAACCCAACGGGCAGCCUGUGACCACAAAGCGGCUCAAGAUGUCCAGCAGUACCGACACAGGUGGUCGCAGGAGACCAGUGUCCUGCAAACUGGAGGACAACUCCAACAAAAAGAAGCAGAAGGAUAAGGCAAACCAGGAAAGCAAAGAGGCAAAGCAAGAAACAAACAGAGAUCCAAAGAAAGACCCUUUUAUUGGCUGGAAACAAAAUGCAAGUGAGAUUAUUGUGAAAUUACGACCAGGGGAAAGGUGUGUCAAAGUGGAGGAUGUAAAUACAUCAUUUACAGACCAAUCCUGUCUGGUCAAGUUUGCAGAUGGUUGCCAGUGGAGCUGCCACCUAAAUGAAGACAUUGAGAGUUCAUGCAGCAAGGUUCAAUAUAAAGAGAAAGGGAAUAUUCUACAAUUGGUGAUGCAAAAGAAGAUCCCCUUUCACACUUGGCCGUUUUUGAUGAAGAAGAGUAAAGAAAGUGAUCCAGUCUUAUUAGGCUCAGAUGAAGCAAUCAAUGCUUCCAAGCUUGAACAUUUGUUAUCAGAAGAGAAUUCUGCUGAACAGCCUGAAAUGGAAUCAAAAAAGGGCAAGGUAGACCGGGGAAGCAAACGUACAAUAAAGCAAAAGCCAGCUGGCAAAAGUGAAACUGGGUCAAAAGUCUUAACAUUAAAGACACCUGGAAGCACAGAGUUACAAGUUGAGCCUAGUGGUAAACGUGUGAUUUGUCCAAAGGAUCAGGACUGUAAUUCCCGGAGAGAGCCUUUGACUGAAAAUGUAGAGAGUACUAAAACUAAAGACAUUUCAGAUGCACUAAACCAAAGUGGAAAGACUAAAGUCAAGAUCGAAAGUACUGAAAACUCUGAGGCCAAGCAGGAGAAGGAUACCAGUAAAAGUACAACCACAAUAAAGCAUAAGACAGAAUUAAUCAAUGAGGUAAAAGAGCGUCCAGUACCUUCCAGUCAUGACGCAAGUCUUCAAGGUGCAUCUUCAGAUGCGAUUCCCCCUCCAAGAUCUGAUGUCUUUACAACUCGGGACACCAGCCUGCCUCUUCCAGUUGAUAUAGAUAUGGUUGCUUUCAAUAGUGUGAGAAGGCAAGUAGUUAAAGAUUUGAACUUCAAGAACAGUUGUUUGGAAGAGGAAUGUAUUAAAAAUACAAAUUUAGUGGCAAAAGACACUCUUCCAAAUGUGCUGUCGAAAGACCUACUUGCCCAUCUUGAAAAUGAACCUGAAAAAGGAGAUAAGGCAAAGGAGGACAAAAUGAAUGACUUAUCUGAAGUAGUUUCUUCCUCCUGUCAAACAUUGGCUCUAGAACCAAUGGUAAACUUGACUUUUGUGAAGAAUGAUUUUUACGAAAAGGGAAAUGAUGUUAUGGUGGUAAGCAUAUACUUAAAAGAAAUAUGCAGGGAAACAGCGGAAGUCUUCUUCAGAGAGCAGGAUUUCACUCUGAUUUUUCAGACCAGUGAUCCAAAUUUUUUACGCUUGCACCCGGAUUGUGGACCAGAUACCAAGUUUAAAUGGCAGGUAAAGCUAAGGAAUCUUAUUAAUCCAGACAAAUGUACUCAUUCCUUCACUCCAUCUCGACUUGAUAUCUUUUUAAAGAAGCGACAUAGCCAGAGGUGGGGAGGUCUGGAGGCACCUACUGGACAAGGUGCAGUGGGUGGUGCAAAGGUUGCUGUGCCUACUGGGCCAGCUUCACUUGAAAAAAGCUCACCAGGAAGUAGUCAGCACACCUUGCCUAGCAAAGAGGAACCAAGAACUGGUGAGAAAGAGAAGACUCGAGCAGAAGAAGGUAGUCUUGAUUCUGUAAGUGCUAGGACUUUAACAGAACAUGUUCCCCUGAAACAGGAGCCUGCGCUUGUAACAUCGCAGCUUAAACCGACAUGCAUGGUACAGCCCAUGACUCAUGCUCCAGCAAAUAAUGAUUGUAUGGAUGAUGAAGAAGAAAAGAAAGUGUGCCUUCCUGGGUUCACUGGACUAGUGAAUCUGGGAAACACAUGCUUUAUGAACAGUGUUAUUCAGUCCCUGUCAAACACAAGAGAACUGCGAGAUUACUUCCAUGAUCGAGCAUUUGAGUCUGAAAUUAACUGCAGUAACCCCCUGGGAACUGGUGGCCGGCUGGCUAUUGGGUUUGCAGUUCUGCUGCGUGCUCUCUGGAAAGGAACACAUCAUGCAUUCCAGCCAUCUAAACUCAAAGCUAUAGUGGCAAGCAAGGCCAGUCAGUUCACAGGAUAUGCACAGCAUGAUGCCCAGGAGUUCAUGGCUUUUUUGUUAGACGGUCUUCAUGAGGACUUAAACAGAAUACAGAGCAAACCAUACACAGAAACGGUGGAUUCUGAUGGGAGACCUGAUGAGGUAGUGGCAGAAGAAGCUUGGAGGAGGCACAAGAUGAGAAAUGAUUCCUUCAUUGUGGACCUGUUUCAAGGUCAAUACAAAUCUAAACUAGUUUGUCCUAUCUGUGCAAAGGUGUCUAUAACUUUUGACCCAUUCCUUUAUCUGCCUGUUCCUUUGCCUCAGAAACAGAAGGUACUUACUGUAUUCUUUUUUUGGAAGGACCCACACAAGAAGCCUGUUAAGUUUCUUGUGAGUGUCAGCAAAGAAAACUCUUGUACAACUGAUAUUCUUGAGUCCAUCUCCAGAAGUGUAAAGGUUAAACCUGAAAACCUGAGACUGACAGAGGCUAGUGAAAGUCGAUUUCACCGUGUAUUCCUUCCAUCAAACUCUCUGGAUGCUGUCUCCCCUACGGACACUCUGUUCUGUUUUGAGGUACAGUCUAAGGAGCUUGCCAAAGAAAAAGUAGUUAUCCUUCAAGUGCAGCAGAGAACUCAAGUUCCGAAUUGUCCCAUCAAUAAGUGUGCAGCUUGUCAGAAGAUUCCGCAUUCUGAAGAUGAGAAGAUUAAGAGGUGCACUCGUUGCUACCGAGUUGGUUACUGCAACCAGAAUUGUCAGAAGAAUCAUUGGCAGGAUCACAAAAAUCAUUGUAGACCAAACACUGAAAGUAUUGGAUUCCCAUUCCUAAUCAGUGUCCCAGAAUCUCGACUGACUUAUUCCCGACUUGCACAACUGCUAGAAGGAUACUCCAGAUACUCUGUAAAUGUGUUUCAACCCCCUUUCCAGUCUGGCAGAAUGUCCCCUGAGAUGAGCCAGUGUAGAAUGGAGCAGCCUCGGUUACAUGCAGUGGUUUCAGAAAGCCAUAAUAAGGAAAGCUACUUGCCAACAGAUGAGAUUAAUGAAAGAGGAAAAUUUAAUUGUGUAGAUUCCAAUAUUGAUAGCAUGGCAGCAGGAGAUUGUAAGAAGAAUGCCAUUUCUGUUUCUACUCUCACUUUGGAUUCGGGCUACUCUGAUUCUAUUUCAGAAUUACAGGACCACUUGGAGCAUGAAAAAGAAAUUACUUGUGAGAAAACUUUAAAACCAGAAGCUGUUGUCACAGGUUAUCAGCAACCCACAGAUAUUGGUGCUAAUGGUGCAUCACAGUUCUACAUUUGUCUAAUUGAUGCAUCAAAUAAAGAACAAAAGCUUGAGGACAAAGGAGACAAAGCGUUAGACAUUCCUGAAGGCUCUUCUGUUAUCUUGGUGUGGAAGAACAAUGAGCGUCAAAAGGAAUAUGUCUUGGUCAAACCAAAGGAGCUGGAGUAUAUAGAAGAUCUAGGUUCAGCCAGUGAGAAUGCCCGGGCAGGUCACUUCACUCUUGAACAAUGUCUCAAGCUGUUUACAAAACCAGAGGUGCUGGCACCUGAAGAAGCUUGGUAUUGUCCCAAGUGUAAACAGCACAGAGAAGCAUCAAAACAGCUGAUGUUAUGGAGACUCCCCAAUGUCUUAAUAAUCCAACUUAAGCGUUUCUCCUUCCGCAAUUUCAUUUGGCGAGACAAAAUUAAUGAUAUGGUUGAUUUUCCAGUCAGAAAUCUGGAUCUAAGUAAAUUCUGCAUUGGCCAGAAAGAUGACUCUCAGCCUCCCAUUUAUGAUUUAUAUGCAGUGAUCAAUCAUUAUGGUGGUAUGAUUGGGGGACAUUAUACUGCAUAUGCUCGCCUUCCCAGUGACAAAAACAGUCAGCGUAGUGAUGUUGGAUGGCGUCUCUUCGAUGACAGCACUGUCACUACAGUGGAGGAAAGCCAGGUAGUGACACGUUAUGCUUACGUGCUUUUUUACCGACGACGUAACUCUCCUGUGGAGAGACCUAUUCGGCGACACAGCCCUCAUGGCACUGAAUCACCAUCAAUGGCAGCUGGAGCUGCAGCUAGUCAGGCUUCUCUGAUAUGGCAGGAACUGGAGGAAGAUGAAGAUGCAGAUGUCAUCCAGCAGCACAUGUACAAGAGGUUUUGGACAAGAACCGAGAGGCUGACACCUAAAGAUACACCGGAACUUGUGCUCAGCAGCCUUCCUGAUGCUGAAGAAAACUGUGUUCGAUUUAUUGUUCUUGGUACCAUUGCAGCAGUGGUAGCCUUGUUUGUUAAUGUUCUUUACCCAUUGAUGUCUCACGGUCACUGGAAAUAAGAUGCAAAGUUAUAAAUAAGCUGUAUAUUUCAUGGUGUGCUAUGGGAAGGCAGUUCUAGUCUAAACUCUUAUCUAUUGUAUAUGUGAUUGGAAUGCUAUUAGCAAUUGCACUUAAAGCCAUACACAGUAAGAUUUUUUGAUAUUACAUAGUUUUAAACCAAUUUAUAUUAAUACUUUAACACACUGCAAACGUACAUUGCACUAGAACAAGACUGUACUAUAGAUAAAAUUUAAUAGUAGAAUGUAAAACUGUAUUCUCUGUGAUUACAGUACCUCCUUGGUGUAACAUUUAAUUGUUGUAUUAGGGAAAAUUAUCCUUUUGUUGUUUUUUUGAGGAAUCUAAUUUAUGGUUUUUGUUUUAAUUAUUUUGGCAUUAUACUAACUACCUCAAAAUGAAUAUAGAAAGUAAAGUUUCAACCAUAUUUAACAGUGCCUAUUAAUGUUCCAUUGGCUCUUAAAUUAAAAAUAGUUUGAGAUGAAAGCCAGCACAGGUUUGGAAGUGAGAAGAUCUUGUUAGACCGGUAUGGUAGUCUUUUUUUUAUCACUCCAUGACAGCAGCAGCCAAAAUAGGACUAUAUUGCAGUACUGGUCAAAUCCCAUUAUAGUGAAUGCCGUAGUAAUGAAAUUUUCAGAAUAAUACUUUUUGUUAGGAUGAACAAAUGUUCAAUUAACAUUGUAUUGAACAGAUUUUAUUUCAAUGAAAUGUAAAUUUCAGUAUAACGGACAUUUUUUUGACCAAAAGUGGCCCUGAAGACAACAAUGCAAUGCAAAAUAUACUUAAUGCUGUGGAUACACUUUCACAAAGUCUCUAGAACCCUGCAGUAGGCUGUUUCUUUUUUGUUAGACUAAAUGAAAGUUGACAGUCUAUUGUGAAAUUUGUGGUUUCGGGCAGUCUCGGCGAGGCUCAGUGAGAAUGUAGGUGUGACAUUAUACACAAAGCUUAAUUCUGAGUCAGUGUUCCACCGAGCAUCCACAUGGGUAGUUGUGUUGUGUGUGGAUACUGUACUGUUUAGAGUUUCAUAGCGCUUCUCAAAGUUUCGUUUGCAAGUAACAAAAAAGAGAGAAGCUGAAAAUACAGGUAAUUUAUUACUUUAUAGAGAAGGCAGGUACCGUCUCAAGACUUCAUUCAAAUAGGAGGUGUCACUUUAGCACUCAAGAUAGGCUCCACAACACUGGUAAUUGUUCUGUUUUAGCUCCCAUCUUCAUAUUAGAACACCACCAGCUCAGAAUCACCACUGGCAAAACAAGAGAGUGCGAGGAAAUGCAGGUCAAAGCCUUGUGCAGCAAGCACAUUGUGCGGUGAGCCUGAUCCAGCAAAGGACAACCAAUUACUUUGUCCUUGGUUUACUGUUUACCGGACGCAGCAGAGUACCCACAGAGCUGUCCUUGCAGUGCUGCUGUUAGAGAUAGCAAAUCAACGGUGACCCCAGUCAUAUUUGUAUAUGUAUUUUCCCUAUAUUUGUUAUAAUUAAAUUUCCGUUAUGGCAAAAUAUAUUUAUAGUCCCAUGGAAUUUCGUUACAUGGUAUUCCACCAGUAUACUAUAGUUAAUUUCUUCAUUAACAGUUAAUCCUAAAGCAAAUUAAUUGGUAGGGGACAGAGUACAGAUAACAAUAUGAAAUAGGCCAAUGCAAUCUUCAAAGCUGGGUAAACACUUGAAAAUCUAAUCUCAUGAAAAAUGUUAAAAGUACUGCAUGCAAGUAAAAAAGAAAAAUAUAAACACAAUAGGGAGUUUUAAAAAAUAAUAAUAAAUUUUAUAACUGUCAUAACCUCAGACUGCAUCAGAAAAAAAUGAGGAAAUGGCUAGAAUUACCCACAACAGUAAUUGAGGAAUUGACAAUAAAGACCAUCAGUAACUUAAUAUGAUGCACAUUUAUAUAGUAUUACUACUUGUCAAGACUGAGUAGCUUUAUGCUAGCUGUGAUUUUCUAGAAUAGUCUUUCUUACAGACACUUGCACAGAGGAGCUGAUCCACCUGAUGCAUUCAGGGUGGACUUUGUUUUCAUGUAGUGACUGUUUCCCACCACUAACAACACCCCAUUUUUCUCCUACAGUAUAGAAGUUACUUUGUUUUUUUUAACGAAAAGGCUCUAACCUGUCAUCCUACAUAAUCAUUAAUUGAUCUUUUUAUGCAUCUGUCUCUUGUUUGAAGAACAAAUAACCAGAUUUUUAAGAAUUGCUGCCCAAGAAUAAAGUACAGUACUUUGACUUAACCAGGAAGGAGAUCAUAUAUUUUUAUAAAAGUAUUAUUUUGAUUUUCUUGCUACCAGGUUGCAUUAUACAAGCAACACUGAUGAUUGUGCGAAUUAAAUAAUUUGAAUACAAUGAACUUCAUAUAGGUGGUCUUUUGGUUCAUUUCUCAGACUAUUGUUUUUCUUAUUAGACUAGUUUACAAAAGAAUUUAUAAUAUCUGAUCCAUUCUGUCAUUUUCGAUUUGGCUUGUGUUUUCCCGGUGACUGUUAUCUUUUAUUUAUUUUUUAUUAGUUGUUUUUGUUUCUUUCAUUUUUUUUUAACAUAUUUGCUUUUGUGAAUUUCAGGAAUAACCUGGGCCAUUUUUUAGGAAACAUAUAUACAGCAUUUGUAGUCUGUCAUAUUUUACAUUGGUUUCCUCCCACAGUCCAAGGAUAUGCAGGUUAGGUCAGCUGGCACUGCUGCAUUGGCACUGGUUUGGGUGUGGAAAUGAGUGGUUGUGUGUUGACCCAAUGAUAAGCUGGUGCCCUGUCCAGGAGUUGUUCCUGCCUUGCACCCUUUGAUUGCUGGGAUACGCGCCAGAGGUUACACAACCCUGCCCUGGAUUAGUGGUUUAGAAAAAUGGGUGGGUGGUAUUUCGCUUUAGUUACUAAUAAGGCAUAGGUUUGCAGUAACUUUACUGAUGUUCAUUUGCCUGUUUCCUCUUAUUUUAAUUGUUGCCCAAUUUGGCAGCUAAUCAUUUCGGAGUGUUUGUACUGUAUUGUUCUGUUUUACAUAUUCAAUUUGGUUAAAUUCAUAGUUCUUGUUUUUCAUUAAAUGCUAGGCGUGCAUGCAACUCUCACUGACAGCAUUCUGGUGUAUUUUACCAUCAGUCAAUUUCCAAAAAAUUUUCUACUUACAUAGUCCUUGCAGACUUGCUUAAAGAAAAUAACUUAAAAAGUAACAGUGGUAAAUUAACAAUUAAGCCAGUUUUGGUGUCUUAUUCUGAAUAAUAAGAGUGCUUUAAUUCCAAAAAAAAUUGGACAAUUUUUGUCAGAUUGUUAUUGUCUGGUCCUCAACAUAAGAAUCAAAUUGUGCAUGUUCAUUCACUUGAUGGCACAAAGUGUGGAAUUUCAUGUUGUAGACAGCAGCUUUAAAUUAAAAAGUAAUGACAAGGAAGCAAGUUAUUUUCCAAUUCUUUCACCACAUGCUAUAUUACGUAAUUUAAAAUCAAACUCUUACUAACUGAAAAAAUGCAAAAAAAGGGAAUCGUAAUAACCAUGUCCUCAGUUUGGUUCUUUGUUGUAGGUGCAAAAAAAAAAAAAAAAUCAUUUAGUUCUUCUUUAAUAGGAAGAAAGCCUGAGUAAUUUUAACAUUAUGAAGAUAAGUAUUGUUGUAUUAGAUAAAAGUGCCUAUUAAAUAUAUGGAUGUUAACAUAAAGGAUUUAAAAAAUGUAUAUUUGGCCAGAAUAGCAAAUAUUCUUGUUUUCUUCCCCAAAAAUGUUAUUGUAAUUGAUAAUAUGUAUAAUAAUGAUCAUAGUUACUGCUCAUUUGUAUUUUAAAGUGAAUCCUGAUGUAAAGAUCAAAGGUUAGUUAAAUAGUAUGUACAGUUUUGCCUUUAUUUUUAAAUGCUGCAAAAAAUAUUUUUUGUAUUUGUUUUGUGUGCUACAUUUUGGUUAAUUCUGAAUACUGAAAACUUGUUUCUGUAAUAUAUGCCUCAGAUUUUUAAAUGCUUUUUUGUUAACAUGUUUAAGGUGAUUGCACUGUUUUUUAUUAUUUUAAUUAAAAUUGUUAAUUUUUCAAAA